AUGAAAGUUCCAGUGUUCUGGUUCAUGUGGUUCUUCGCAAUCACACAAGGGUGCGAAGGUCUCCUGGAGAGAAAUGAUGGCAUCAGAACAAAAAGAGAACUCAUUAUGGAUAAGAAAAGGCAUCCAGGCCCAGUGCAGGAAUAUGAACUGCUUCUUCAGAUGGGCUAUAGAGAUUCCAAUGAGAAAAAGAACUUGAGAAAUUUUCUGAAGCUCCUUAAGCCUCCAUCAUCAUUGUUACAUGGGCCAAUGAAGAUUGUUGGUGCAAAGGCUACCACAUACUGUAGCAGCCUGAAUGGAGCCCUGAAGUGUGCUUGUGAAGAUGGUUACACCUGGUUCCCUCCCACAUGCCUUGAUCCCCAGAAAUGCUACCUUCAUAUGGCAAGAUCAUUCCAGAGCUGUGACUGUCAUCUCAGCAACCUCAGCCAGGGUGCAAAUUUCUGCGAGAGAGCAAAAAUUUGGGGCACUUUCAAGAUCAAUGAAAAAUUUACAAAGGACCUUUUGAAUUCAUCUUCUGCUAUAUAUUCCAAAUAUGCAACUGGAAUUGAAAUUCAUCUUAAAGAAGCAUACAAGAGAAUUCGAGGUUUUGAGUCAGUUCGGGUCACCCAAUUUCGAGAAGGAAGCAUCAUCGCUGGAUAUGAAGUCAUUGGUUCUAGCAGCCCAACUGAGCUGCUGUUAGCCAUUGAACAAGUGGCUGAGAAGGCAAAGGCAGCCCUGCACAAGAUGUGUCAACUAGAAGACAGCUCUUUUAGAGUGUUUGGAAAAGCCCAGUGUAACAGCCUUGUCUUUGGAUUUGGGUCUGAGAAUGAUGAGUAUACCCUGCCCUGUAGCAGCGGCUACACUGGAAUCAUCACAGCCAGGUGCCAGUCCUCCGGCUGGCAGAUCAUCAGGGAGAGCUGUGUGCUCGCUGAGCUGGAGGAACUGAAGAAGAAUUUAAGUGCAAUCGCUGGCAAUGCCACUGAGCCAGCCAUGUCAUCUUUGGUGCGGAAUCUUUCAGUCAUCCUGGAGCAGACUCCAGCAACCACAACUGGGAAUCUAGCUUCUGUGGUGUCCAUUCUGGAAAACGUUUCAUCCCUGUCUCUAGCAAGUCAUUUCAAGGUGUCCAAUUCAACAAUGGAGGAUGUUAUCAAUAUAGUUGACCAUGUUCUUCAUCCAGCGUCAGUAACCAACUGGACAGUAUUACUGCAGGAAGAAAAGCAUGCCGGCUCACGGUUACUGGAGACAUUAGAAAACAUUAGCACUCUGGUACCUUCCACAGAUCUGCCUCUGAAUUUUUCUGGGGAAUUCAUUAACUGGAAGGGGAUUCCGGUGACCAAAAGCAAACUUGCAAAGGGUUUUAACUACCAGACUAAAAUGUACCUCCAAAAUACCUCCAUUCCCAUAAAAGCCUGGGUGUUAAUUGGAUCAGACCAAUUCCAUGAGUCUCUUCCAGAAACUAUUAUCAGCAUGGCCUCAUUGACCCUGAGGAAUAUCCUACCAAUCACCCAAAAUGGAAAUGCUCAGCUCAAUGGGCCUGUGAUAUCCACCAUUAUCCACAACUAUUCCAUAAGUGAAAUUUUCCUGAAUUUUUCCAAGAUCGAAUCCAACCUGAGCCAGCCUCUUUGCGUGUUUUGGGAUUUCAGUCAUUUGCAGUGGGACAAUGCAGGCUGCCAGCUAGUGAAUGAAACUCUAGACUCAGUGAUGUGCCGCUGUACUCACCUGACAUCUUUCUCCUUGCUGAUGUCCCCCUUUGUCCCCACUGCCAUCAUCUCUGCUGUGCAAUGUAUCACCUAUGUGGGACUGGGCAUAUCCAUUGGAAGCCUCAUCUUAUGUCUGAUUAUUGAGGCCCUGUUUUGGAAGCAGGUCAAGAACAACCAAACUUCACACACACGCCAUAUUUGCAUGGUGAACAUAACCCUUUCUCUCCUGAUUGCUGAUGUUUGGUUCAUUGUUGCUGCCAUAGCGGAUGCCAUAGCAAAUUCUUCUGGAUUCUGUAUAGCUGCAGUGUUCUUUACACACUUUUUUUACCUCUCUUUGUUUUUUUGGAUGCUCUUGCUCGGUAUCCUGCUGGCUUAUCGGAUCAUCCUCGUGUUCCAUCAUAUGGCUACGUCUUUGAUGACAGGUAUUGGGUUCUGCCUGGGCUAUGGAUGUCCUCUUAUUAUAUCUGUCAUCACCAUUGCUGUCACCCAACCUAGCAAUAGCUACAAAAGGAAAGAUCUGUGUUGGCUCAACUGGUCCAGUGGAAGUAAACCUCUUUUGGCUUUCGUCAUUCCUGCGUUGACUAUCGUGGCUGUGAAUUUGGUUGUGGUUCUGUUGGUUCUAAUGAAGCUACGGAGGCCAGCUGUUGGCGAAGGACUGAGCCAGGAUGAUAAGGCCACUGUCAUCCGAAUGGGGAAGAGCCUGCUCAUUCUGACACCUCUGCUGGGGCUCACCUGGGGUUUUGGCAUAGGAACAAUGGUGGACAGCCAGAAUCUGGUGUGGCAUGUUAUAUUUGCUUUACUCAAUGCAUUCCAGGGAUUUUUUAUCUUAUGUUUUGGAAUAUUCUUGGAUAAUAAGCUGCGACAAUUUCUGCUCAACAAGCUGUCCCCACUAAUAUCUUGGAAGCAUCCAUCAAAGCAAAAUUCUUCAGAUAUAAUUGCCAAACCCAAAUUCUCAAAGCCGUUCAACCCACUGCAAAACAAAGGAGCAUAUGCGCUUUCUCAGACUGGAGACUCCUCAAAUGACAUCAUGCUCACUCAGUUUUUAUCUACUGAAUAA